CAAACAGGACCCGCGUGUUCAUCCUGUUCCGAGAAACUUCCCUUCUCUUUGCACCUGUUGGACAACUUAUGUGCAGCUGUAACGUUGUUGCUCUCACUCGACUCUGCUCGCCCGGUGUGAGAAACACUGAAGAUGGGAACAGCACUAAUUUACGAUGAGGAGAUGACCAGAUACAAACUGCUCUGGGUUGAUCCAUUAUGCAAGAUUGAAGUUCCUGAGCGUCUGAUAGUGAGUUAUGAGGCUUUGGUCAAGAGUGGUCUGGCUGAUCGUUGCGUCUCUGUGCCUGUUCGAGAGGCGACCGAUGCGGACAUUCUUCUGGUUCACAGUGAAGAAUAUUUGCAGGCAGUGAAGACGACCCCUUUCAUGACUUUGGAAGAGAUGCAGGAUUUUUGUGCCCAGUAUGGUGAUGUCUACUUCCACCCAAACAUCUAUCACUGUGCCACGCUGGCUGCAGGAGCAGCACUGCAACUGGUGGACAGUGUCAUGACCGGGAAGGUGAGGAAUGGCAUGGCUCUGGUCAGACCCCCAGGACACCACAGUAUGCACAAUGCUGCCAGUGGUUUCUGCAUUUUCAACAAUGUGGCCAUAGCAGCACAAUAUGCAAAGCAGAAAUAUGGAGUUAAAAGGGUAUUGAUAGUUGACUGGGAUAUACAUCAUGGUCAAGGUGUUCAGUACUGUUUUGAAGACGAUCCAAGUGUUCUCUACUUUUCCUGGCACCGCUAUGAGCAUCAGAAAUUCUGGCCUAAACUCAGAGAAUCGGACUUUGACAGUGUUGGCAAAGAGAAAGGAGCUGGUUUUAAUAUUAAUGUGCCAUGGAACAAGGUUGACAUGCAGAACAGUGACUAUCUUUCAAUCUUCCAUCAUCUUCUUUUGCCCAUCGCAUAUGAGUUUUGCCCUGACUUGGUGUUGGUCUGUGCCGGCUUUGACUCAGCCAUUGGUGACCCAGAGGGUGAAAUGUGUGCGACGCCUGACAUCUUUGCCCACCUCACUCACCUUCUCAUGAACCUUGCAGGAGGCAAACUGUGUGCUGUGCUGGAGGGAGGAUACAACUUAACGUCCCUUGCUCAGUCUGUGUGUCAAACAGUUCAAACAUUGCUUGGAGAUCCUCCACCUCGACCUGCAAACCUUGAUGGUCCCUGUCAAAGUACAGUUGAGUCCCUUCACUGUGUCAGAUCAACUCAUAGGCAAUACUGGUCCUGCCUCAAACAUGCAGCUGAUCUACCCACUUUUGAUGUCAGUACCAAGGGCUUGUCAUUAGAUGAAAGUCUGGAUUCAGAGGAAAGCGAAGAGGAGCAUGUGUGGCCAGAACCUCCAAAACGACUCACACCUGCGAUUCGUGCUGCUCUUUUGCUCCCUGAUGGUAUCACCUGUCCAGAUGGAUGUUACCGCCAAAGUGUCUCAGAGUGUCUCGACCCACUAAUAGUCACUAAACUCAAGGAGAAUAUCCUUACAGAUUCAGAGGAUGACAGCGAUGCUCUCUCAACAUUUUCCAGUCUUAUUGACCUUGUAGAGAAAAUGGAGAAGGACGAGGUCUGCAGUGGCUUGGCGCUGGUUCAUGACGUCUCUAAGGCGAUGAAGUGUGUUGUCCCGCAUGCUGCAUCUGCACUAAAGAACCGGGUUUUGGUCAUUUGUGUUGGAGAUGGAAAGGUUCCGAUUCACGUCUGUGAAGAUGGGAAAGUACUUAUGGUGCAGUUGAGCAACAAAGAAUCACAGGAACCUGAAAGCAGAUAUUUCAUUCCUGUGUGUCUGAAGGAGGGCUGUACUGAUGUUUCAGGGUUCAUUCAGGCCAUGUUGAGUCUCCUUCUGCCUUUGGGAUACGAGUACGAUCCCAGUCUGGUUGUGUUGGUUCAGAUGUCAGAUAGUGGGUUGUGUGAGAGCAUGUGGCUACAGCUAACAAGUCUGCUACGUGGCCUUGCACAAGGACACAUGCUGGUGCUCAUGCAGAAGGGUAACGAGGCACGUGUAAGUCCCACAGCCUCCUCCCUCCUUGGUGACCCUGCCCCAUCCUUGGGGCCACUUGUGGCCCCUCUACCAGAGAACGUGGACUCUGUGGAGAUGCUGAGACACAGGUUGAAGGCUGACUGGAAACUACUGCAGACCAUAGCUCAAGAAAUUGGAAGAGAUGACGAGGAUGGAAGCUGAGACAUCUUUUUUUUUUUUUUUAUCGCAGUAAAUGCAAAUGCUGUGAAUGCUAUGCUGAAUUACCUUUGUGCAUCAAAUGGAAUUUAGAAACAUUAACUUGCUUCUUUUUAAACUGAAAAGCACAUGGUUAUUGAUAAACUCCUAGUUCUAAUGUAGUUACAGGCUUAAUGGGGGAAUUUUGUCUCUACACUUGUUUUAUACAUUAUUAGUGACUGUUACCUUUGAUGGUGCCCUCAUAAUAAGCCUUUGAAUAUAAUAUGUUACUUCAUAAAACUAAUGUAACAUUGUCUUCUUCAACAGCCAACACAGGUUGGCUUAGAAGCAGAAAGAGUAGAGUGUACUUACUAUCAAAAUAACUCAAAGUAAUAGCUGUGACAAAGAUUUGGGUUAUUUACCAAGUGAAUACAGCACAUUCAACAUGGUGUUUGUUGUUUUUAUGUUGUGCAAAGUCAAUAAUCAUUUGCAUCUGAUUGGAAUGAUGUGAGUGAAAGUUGGUCUUACAUGCAAGCUGUCAAUGAGUAAAACACAUACAACAUGUGUAUGUAAUGCUUAAGCAUGCCUUGCAUAAACCUGGCAGAGUAGACCUUUUUUCACAGCAGACAUGACAUGACAUGAAAAAGAACAAGCACAAGCUUUGCCAAUAACAUUAGGGUUCCACUGCAGGUUUAAGAGAAACAUGCUAUAGUAAGAGUAGAUCAAUACUAAACACUUGACACUUUAACCUCAACAUUUUUUAAAACUGUAUACAUCUUUCCUGUAUUUGUUUUGCAUGUGUUCAAUUAAAAUGGUGAAAUAAUGA